AUGGAGCAUACAUUCCUUUCUGUUGUCAUUCUCCUGGUGUGGUCAUUGCCAGCAGUGGUCACUAGAUGUAGUUUGUCUACAAGUAUAUAUCAUAAAACAAUCUACUGUUACCAGGACCAGACCAAUGUUAUACCAAGUUUCCCACAAUACAAUGGAACCCUCAAGCGCCUGGGAUUUUAUGGGGAGUGGAUUGUUAGAAACUUGGACAAAAACUCGUUCUCUGGCAUAACUUUAGUGGAUCAGCUAGAACUCGAGAACAUUGGAUUACAACAUUUGUCAUGUGAUGUGUUUAUUAAUGUCGAACAGGAACUGACCAUUCUAAACCUGGACAACAACAUGCUGACUCAUUUUCCUGCAUGCUCGGUCAAUAAUUUGUACCAUCUGAGAAUGUUGACCUUGAGUAAGAACUUCCUCACCUGUAUUCCUGGACACAGUGUACCUAGCUCCUUACAACAUCUGGACGUAUCAUACAACCAAAUAUAUACACUAAGUUCUGCCAUAUCUACAGAUGUCUACAACAAAAACCAGCUGAAAACUUUCAACAUCAGAGGAAAUAAACUUCAUAGGAUCAGCAAGAAUGAACUGCAACAGUUUUCUAGCUUAGAAAAUCUUGACGCACGAGAAAAUCUGCUUGACUACAUCCAACCAAGGUCAUUUGUAACAUCUGGUGGUCACCUUACGACGAUUGAUCUGUCCCAGAACCAACUGUCCGGUGAUGUUUGGCCAUGUCUGGAACAUUUACAACAAGUGACAAAUCUUAACUUGUCACACAACCAGAUAGAUCGUGUCGAUGAUAACGUGGUAUCCAAUAUGGAAAAUCUACAGACAUUUGAUAUCUCAUAUAACUUGGUUUCUGAAGUCGGACCAGCAUUUGGUCACCAACAGACUUUACGGACUGUGCUAUUUCAUCAUAACGUGAUCACCAAGGUUACCGAGGACAUAUUUGCUGCUGGAACAAGGUUUAGGUACUGGUUUGACCUUGACCUGUCCUUCAAUCUCCUGGUCAGUGUAGAUCUGACCAUUCCAGAUUGCUUGUAUUGUACACUUUUAGUUCAUCACAAUAAACUCCAUAUGAUGCGCCUCUCCUCCAACCAGAACAGCACCUUCAGUCUGAUUGACAUCUCCUUCAAUGUACUAGAUACAAUACCUCCAUAUCUACCUAAGUGGACUAAAUUUGACGGAUCUCAUAACCCAUUUUCUACGACAAGUGUGAUGGACUUCCUCACUCAUUUACCCGACCGGACUACACAUGAUGUCAUUCUUAAGAACACAACAUUUCUGUGUAAACAAACCUCUAUCCCAGAGAUCAAGAUUUUCUCUCAAAUCACACUGGAUCUGGCAGACAACUGUGUUCCCUCUCAAUUCUUAUGUCAACUAAGAUCAAAUGUGUCCAGUCUGUACGGAUUCCAUGGUAACCCUCUUGUCUGUUCCUGUUCCACAGUCUGGCUGAGAAACUACACCUUUACCACAGACCUGGGACAGUGUAGUUAUCCCGUGGAGCGUAAGGGUAGCGCAGUGACCUGUCUGGCAACCUUGCCUUGUGAUACAGGUCAAAGUGUUUAUUCAUCAAAAGAAAAUAUACAGGCAUGUAAGACUGGAUUAGUACUUACAAAUGAGAACCAAAACCUAAAAUGGGACCUUCCAUUGGGAAAGGUACACACUACACCACAAUCCCAGGCCAAUGUUCGAAGUUUUCAGGGACUGUAA